GCUAGAAUUUAGCACUAUUCAAUAUUUUGAGUGGUGCUCAAACAAGAAAAAUGCUAUCAGAGAUUCAAAAAGCAGGUUCUGUAGAGAAUUCAAUUCUCUGUCGAAUGAGACUAGAACCAGAUUUUUAGAUCAUUCGAAAGUGCCUUAAAAAUAAAGAACAAAAGUGUCCGGUUUAUUAUGCGCCACCCGUUAUUUUACAGAUAACACGUAUGCUUAACUUUGUUUCUUUUGUAUAUUCAAUUUUUUUUUAUUUGAUUUUUUUUGUUUAUAGAUUCAAGAUCAAUUCAAUAUACAAGACACAAGCGUCAGGAAACAGAUAUUAGCGAACAAAUUCGUGUCAAUGAAACAGUUGCGAAAAGUGAUCAACAACAACAACAACAAUCACUUUCAAGUAAGACUUUUUUCUCCUGAUAAUUUUGAAUAUCUCAUUUCCUCUCUCUGUAUCAUAGUGUAGCAUGUAAAUUAUUUCACGUACACUUGUGAAUUUUCAACUGUCUUUAUCGAAAAAUAAAUUUUCUUUAAUUUAUUAGGUGAGAGUACACAGUGGGCAUAUAGGCGGACAUUUAGGACAAAACCGAAACUAAGCGUUUCUGCUAUUUGAUAGUGUCAAAUAAAGUUAUUUAACUGCUCUAUCGAAUGGCAUAAAAAAUGUUAUUUUACGGCUUUUCCUUAUGGAAAUAUUCGAUAUAGAAAAAAAGACUAAAAUAAGGAAAACGCUAGGAAAACGGAGGUGAACAGUAUAAUCGCAUCGCUAGAUUAAGCUAAAAUCCGAACUAACGAGGGAAGGUCCCCAACUGUCUGAUCGCUUUCGAGUCGAAACCUAGUGGACUAUAGGUAGUCGACCAUGCUGAUUCCGAAUAUCAACAUGAGACGUGCUGCUAGGCCUCCAGAGACUGGUUUUCUAGAAAACCAGUUUUCCAGAAACUCC